ACACACUACCGCAUCACCCUAAUGCGCUCUGCGCUCGGCCUCCAAUCAUAUGCCCGCGACACGCUCGCCGCUCUCGGUCUCAAAAAGCGCAUGCAACAUGUCUACCACCCUUUCAGCGCUACCACCGCUGGUCAGAUCCUGCGCGUCAAGGAGCUUGUCAAGGUCGAGAACGUGCCUGCGAGCGCGGUGAAGACUAAACAGGAAGAGAGGCAGGAAAGGAGACCGGGAGCAGGGUUCCAAGUUGUGGGA